AUGAAGUUUGGGAAAUAUCUUGCGUCCAGACAGUUGGAACUACCUGAAUACUCAGGCCACUUCAUAGAUUACAAAGGGUUGAAGAAACUCAUCAAACAAUUAGCUAUCCCCACUGAUGGAGCCGGCACUUCUUUACCUACCAGCCAAACAGAAAUCCAACAAACAUUGAAAGAAAACAAAGCGUCUUUUUUCUUCAGGGUGGAACGUGAAUUGGAAAAAGUGAAUUCGUUCUACCUUGAAAAACAGUCCAAUUUGGCUGUCAAUUUGGACUUGUUGCUUAUGAAGAAGAACGAGUUGUUUACGAAGUCAGCCCAGUUUAUUCAAGAUGAAAGCAAUGGCAGCAGCGGCAACAGCACCGUUAAUGCUAAUUUCAGAAACUCCAUUUCAUACUUGAACUUGUAUCAAAAUUUCAAAAAGAUUCACCAAGAUUUGGUUCGUUUACAACAGUUUAUUGAAUUGAAUGAAACGGGGUUCAGCAAAGUGGUCAAGAAAUGGGAUAAACGCUCCAAGUCUCAUACAAAAGAAUUAUUCAUAUCUACUGCAGUCAGUGUCCAACCUGUUUUCCACAAGAAUGAAAUCAACGAUCUAAGUGAUUUGGUCACCCAGUCCUUGUUUGACAUUGAGUCGAUUAUGGAUGGAGAUUACACGUGUUUGGGCAGUUACUACACACAAGGAGGAGUAGAGCAUAAUAUGUCAAGACAUGACCUGAUUGUGACCGCCAUUGAUAGAACUUCUCCCACUUUCAAUUCAAGACAUUCCUCAAUUAUUAACUUACAAAGUAGUGCUACUGCCACUGCUGCAACCACAGCUACGUUCCCAUACAGUAGUAAUCAUGAAAUUGAUGAGUUGUAUUCGAGUUUCGUCAAUGUGGCCACUAUCAAAGACCCAGAUUUGUCAUUAUUAGCUCAAUGGGUCGAUAAAGUUAAAAGUUCUUCAAAGGGGAAUGCCAAUAAGGCCAUCAUCAAGUAUAAAAUUACAAAAAUCUUUUUAUUAUCCAUUACCAAUUUGAAAAUUUCCGAUUCAUUUUUACAACUGUUUCUUGAAUUGAUAGACUAUGAAAUUGAUUUCACAUUUUUAAGUGACGAUUUUAAUAACAAUAAAAGUAUUUUACAUGAAUGUUGUUCCAUAGGUGAAGGACUUACAUAUGAACCAAAUCAUCAUGUUAUAAUCAAUAAUGGAGUUAAAGUAGUCAGUCCAAUUGAUUCAAUUAUCCACAAUAGAACGUUUAUCGUCAAGUACAUUAUUGACAAGUACACCAAUAAACCAGAACUUGUCCAACUUUUAAUCAGUAAAGACGAUAAUGGAAGAAGCUGUCUACAUUAUGCAGCCCAGAAUAAUAGAGUCGACUUGUUGGAUAUUAUAUUGCCCUGUUUCCCCACUGAUCAUAUCGACGAUUUAGACAAUGAUUCAAUGUCAGCUUUGCUUUUGGCUAUUAAGCAUGGAAACUUCAAUAUGAUUAAGAAGUUGGUUUCUUCCGGUUCAAAUUGUUUCCCACAAGCCGAUAAAGAAAAGUUGCAAUAUUUACCUAUAAAUUAUGCAUGUAAAUUUGGAGACUACAAAACGUUGGAAUUCUUGUUGUCAAGCACACAAAAUAUUAAGCAAUUGGUUAAUCAACAAGAUGUGGAAGGCUUAUUCCCAUUGCACGUUGUUUCUAGAUCUGGCCAUUACAAAUUGAUCAAAUUGUUGAUUCAAUAUGGUGCUGAAAUUAACCAAUUGGAUGGAUUUAACAAAUGGACUCCAAUUUUCUAUGCUUCUUCUGAAGGACAUGUCAAGACUACACAGGAAUUAAUGAAGUUUGGUGCCAAGCUCAACAUUAUUGAUGAAGAUGGCUACAAUGUCUUAUAUUAUUGUGUUGUUGAAGGACAUAUUGAUGUUGUUAACGAAUUAUUGAGUCACUAUUCAACUAUCCAAUCAGUAGAUGAUAAACAACAUCCUGAAGCAGCCAAUGAUGACUAUGAUGAUGAUUCUGAAGAUAGUGAGUCAAUCAAGAAGAACACCACCAAGGAAAAUAACGGCGACAGUAUACCUGAUUUACAAUUACCACCACCUAUAUUACCAUUGAGAAGAUAUGGACAUAAUUUCUUGGAGCAAAAGAUUUUGAUUGAGUUGAUUUUCCCUCAGCAAGAAGAACAAUUUAUUAAUUUGUACAACCUGCCUACUGAUUUGAAACCAGGGAGAAUCACUUUAACUUCGAACAUUUCCGAUAUUGUUCCCAGAAACAUCUUGUUGCCCAUGAGUGAUGAUUCCAAGGGUAACUGUGUGUUUCAAACUGAUAUUGAAUCAUUAAGUGAAUUUCGAAUCGAUUUUGAAAUUUUCCCCAAGUUUGGUACCAGGUUGAUUGCGAAGACUACCGCAUUGACCUUUUCACAAUCAUCCACCGUUCCCUCAAUCAAUUCUAUAAAGUUACCAUUGUUUGAUUUGAGAUUGAGGAAUAUUGGUGAAUUAAAGUUUAAUUAUCAAAUAAUAUUCCCAUUUUCAGGCACGUUAUUAGAAACUGCCAAAUUUGACACAUAUUGGAAAUCAUCCACUAGUUUUGUCAAGAGCAGACAAACUUUGAAAUUGAAUGCUGCUGGAGGAUUAUCACCCAAUAACUUUUUGUCACCCACUGGUGGCCUUAAUGCCAGUACCAACAGCACGAAUACUGCCGGGGCAACUCACCCAGAAUUGGCUCCUGCUUCUUCGAUUGUCACUGCCACUUCUUUAUCUGGAGAAUAUUUGAGAAUAAGAAUAUGUUUGCUUAAUGAUGGUACACCCAUUGUGUGUCCCCACUGGUCGAUUGCCAUUACUGAAAGUAUUGAGUUGUAUUUGCCCAAUAUGUCGCUUGAACAAUUGACUUCUAUAACUGACGACUUGUUUGAUUAUUCCAAGGUAAUUCAUGAUAUUUCGCGAAUGACUAUCCAAGACAUUGGUUCAAUCAAGAAAUUGUUGAAGAUUAUAUACUUGCCCUUGGACAUCAUGUUGCAGAUUUUAGACGUGGAUAUUAACUUGAAUUUGGAAUUGAUCUUUCCUAGCUUGUACGAGUUGGAGAAAUUACCUUUUAUUUCCAGUAUUGAGCACAAUUUAAACAACUUCAUUGAUUUCACUUUGGACGACGUGUUUAACCAUAUCCGAUCGUCUAAGAAGGCUUCACCGGGUAUGUCUGGCCGUUCUAUUAUAUUCCUCAGUUCCAACUCGUUGAUUUGCAAAAUUUUGAAUUGGAAACAACCAAACUUUGCCGUAUUUUUAAUCAUGAAUGGAAUCAAUUAUAACCCAAAGACAUCGAAGUUUGAAUCAAGGACCACCAACGGGUUGUUAAUUGAGGAUUUGCAGGAUGUGUCUCCAAGAAAGUCAUUAUCAAAUGAUGCUAAUGAUGGUGAGUCGGAAAUACCCAACAAUUAUCAAGAGUUGACAAUCACGUCCAUUAAAGAAGCAGUCAAUUUCACGAUAAAUAACAAUUUGAUUGGGUUGAUUACUUCGAUUCACUUGUUGAAUCUCGUACCUAAGUUGGUGCCAUUGAUUAGAUCACGAGGAUUGGUACUUGUUGCAUCGAGUGAUAUUGAGGAUGAAGUAGACGAAGAGAGUUUAAAGAAGGAAUUAGAUUCGUAUACGAAAACCGAAAUCAAUGGGUUGAGGUUUGAUGAUGUGUUGAGUUUUAAGGAGGAUAUAUCGAUGUAG